AUGAGCGAUGCAAUGGUGAUGACUGCGACAGAAUCGCAUCAGGUUGAGACAAAUUUGAUAGCUCCGACAGAAGGGGAUUUCGUGGAGCGUGAUUGUUGUGGAUUGACAGAAAAGUGUACGCUGCAACACAAAGAGAUGAUUCAUGAAAGCAGCCCAAGCAAUCCAACAUCAUUUGAAAUCAACGUCAAACCUAAGAGGCGAAGACAGCAACGAUUAUUCGAUCAAUACAUCGUGUUCAUUUUCGUAAAAAAAAAUUCAAUUGCAGCAAUCAAUGUCGACAGUCGAUCAGGACAGGGCAUCAGGGCAUCAGGCCUCAGCGACAACGUGCAACAAUCAUCGAGACAACAGAUAGAGAUGGAUACUACUGUUAUGAGCGAUGCGAUGAUGAUGGUUGCGAUGGAAUCACAACCGGCGGCGACAAAUUUGAUAGCUCCAAUGGAAGUGGAGUUCAUGGAGUGUGAUUGUUGCAGAUUAACAAAAGAGUGCAUGCUGCUAUACAUUGAGAGGAUUCUUGAGAUGUAUCAAGGAAAAUGGAUCUGCGGAUUAUGUGGAGAAGCUGUUAAUGACGAGAUCCUGAGGAAAAAGAAAGGCUGA